AAACAUAGUGCAUUUAAUUAAAAGACAUAAAUAACAUGCUAUAUCCUAUUCCAUCUAAAAUACAAUUACUCAAAUUGUCCUACUAUAUCCAAAAAUAUCCCCCUUAUUUAUUUAAUUCAACUUUAUAUAUUUCCUCCCGGGCCCGACGAAGAUCCGACCCGGAAAAAGUGAACUCCGGCGACUACUCCGAUUGUUUUAUUUAAUGGAUCUAAAACCCUAAAUUCAUUAUACUGAUGUCAUUGUUCUGGAUUGUUAUUCGCGAAUUAGCUGAAAUUGAAGCCAUGGCAACAUCAAAGAAAGUAAUCACGAGAGAAGAGUGGGAGAAAAAGCUCAAUGAUGUAAGAAUUAGAAAAGAAGAUAUGAAUAAAUUAGUGAUGAACUUUUUAGUCACGGAGGGUUAUGUAGAAGCAGCGGAAAAGUUCAGAAAGGAAUCUGGAACAGAUCCUGAUAUAGAUCUUGCUACUAUCACCGAUCGAAUGGCAGUUAAGAAGGCAGUACAGGCUGGUAAUGUAGAGGAUGCCAUUGAGAAGGUCAAUGAUUUGAAUCCUGAGAUACUGGAUACGAACCCCCAGCUCUUUUUCCACCUCCAGCAACAAAGGCUGAUAGAGUUGAUAAGGAAUGGAAAGGUUGAGGAGGCUUUGGAGUUUGCUCAAGAGGAGCUCGCUCCAAGGGGAGAGGAAAACCAAAGCUUCUUGGAAGAAUUGGAGAAGACUGUUGCAUUAUUGGCCUUUGAAGAUGUAUCCAACUGCCCUAUUGGAGAGCUUUUAGAUGUAUCACAGCGGCUAAAGACUGCAAGCGAAGUCAAUGCUGCAAUCCUCACCAGCCAAAGCCAUGAAAAAGAUCCAAAGCUCCCAAGCCUUUUGAAGAUGUUAUUAUGGGCACAAAAUCAGCUCGGUGAGAAAGCUGUUUAUCCGCGCAUAAAUGAUUUAUCGACUGCUACGCUGGAAGAUCCUGCUGUUUAAAGGAUGAUCAUAUGUUCCAUAAUGCAUUGUUUACAAUUUGGCUGUAUGGUGCUUUCACUGAAAACUGCUUGAAUCUUUCAAGAACUAUAGCCUGCUUGUUACUAGGAUAUAAAUUUUUAUCAAAUUAUGGUUUCUUAGAAUGAGUGUUUGAUUAUCGAUCGAUGUACAUUGAGGUUUGUACUUUCGUAUCGUAUGGAGGUUUCAUAAAAUUGGUUUGUGUUUUUCAUAGUUUAUGA